CAGUAUAUGUAACAACAUUCUAGAAUUCAGAGUAAGUCUGUUCUCUCUCAGUCUCCCUCACUCUCACUCUCUCUCUCUCUCCCUCUCUCUCUCUCUCUCUCUCUCUCUCUCUGCUGCAGUAGGGUUGGCGUGUUAUUGCAGUGGGGGUUGGAUCUGCGUGUGUGCGUGUGUGUGUGUAAAGUGCAGGUUUCAGCAGGCUGGAGCUCACACACUAUUGUCCUCUCAGAUCACAGAGCGAGUGUGUGUGUGUGUGUGAGUAUGUGUGUAUGUGUGUGUGUGAGUGUGUACGCUGCGUGCAUCUCCUCACUGCAGCACUGCUGAUGUUCCUGCAUUGAGGAAUGAAAGCUGCGGAGGGAUUUACUGCCGGAACACACAGCCAGCAGACAUGAAGACCGAGAGGGAAUAACAAACACACACACACACUCGUGCGCACGUCGGGGUUGUUUUGUAUGUGUGUGAGAGUCAGCCAUGCGGUCGGAGCGCAUGAGUCGAGUGUGUAUCGUGGUCCUGGAGGAGGUGGAAGAUGACGAACCCUCCCCUCUGCAUUCCAAAGACACCUCGGACCACAUUUCCCACAAUCCCCCACAGGACGACAAGCCGUCUCUGAUUAAAGCUAUAUUUAAUGGGGACACAGAUGAAGUGCGCUCGCUCAUAUUCAAGAAAGAAGACGUCAAUGUACAGGACAGUGAGAAGAGGACGCCGCUUCACGCUGCUGCAUAUCUUGGGGACGCUGAGAUCAUCGAGCUGCUCAUUCUGUCCGGGGCAAGAGUCAACGCCAAAGACAAUAAAUGGCUCACUCCUCUUCACCGGGCCGUAGCUUCCUGUAGUGAGGAGGCCGUUCAGGUGUUGUUGAAACACUCUGCGGAUGUGAACGCGCGGGAUAAGAGCUGGCAGACGCCGCUGCACGUAGCCGCUUCCCAUAAGGCCUUACGUUGUGCUGAGGCUCUGCUCCCACUGCUGAGUAAUGUCAAUGUGUCGGACCGAGCCGGAAGAACAGCGCUGCACCACGCGGCCUUCAGCGGACACCUGGAGAUGGUUCAGCUGCUGGUGUCCAGAGGAGCAAACAUCAACGCUUUCGAUAAGAAGGACCGGCGAGCUGUUCACUGGGCCGCAUACAUGGGUCAUUUAGAGGUGCUGAAGUUCCUGGUGUGUCGCGGCGCGGAGGUUUGCUGUAAGGAUAAGCGGUCGUACAGUCCUCUCCACGCCGCUGCCUCCAGUGGGAUGAUCAACGUGCUCAAAUACCUGCUCAGUCUGGGUGUGGAUAUAAAUGAGCCGAAUGCGUAUGGAAACACGGCUCUCCAUCUGGCGUGUUUUAACGGCCAGGAUGUGGUGGUGAACGAGCUGAUAGCGGCAGGAGCAGAUGUCAAUCAGGUCAAUGAGAAGGGCUUUUCUGCCCUGCACUUCACCGCUGCGUCCCGUCAGGGCGCUCUCUGCCUGGAACUGCUCAUCGCCAACAGAGCCAACCUCAACUGCAAGAGUAAAGAUGGUAAAACUCCUCUCCACAUGGCAGCCAUUCACGGCCGAUACUCCAGAUCACAGGCCAUCAUUCAGAACGGUGCAGAGAUCAACUGUGAGGAUGAGAACGGAAACUCUCCUCUUCAUAUAGCGGCUCGAUACGGUCACGAGCUGCUCAUCAACACACUCAUAACCAACGGUGCUGACACAGCAAAGCGGGGCAUCCAUGGCAUGUUCCCUCUCCAUCUGGCAGCACUGAGUGGAUUCUCCGACUGCUGCCGGAAACUUCUCUCCUCAGGUUUUGACAUAGAUACGGCGGAUGACUUUGGCAGGACGUGUCUGCAUGCGGCGGCUGCAGGAGGGAAUCUGGAGUGCUUAAAUCUGUUGUUGAACACAGGUGCUGAUUUUAACAGGAAAGACCGAUUUGGGAGGACGGCGCUGCAUUACGCUGCUGCUAACUGUAACUAUCAGUGUCUGUUUGCUCUGGUUGGUUCUGGAGCGAGUGUGAACGAGCGAGACAUCAGAGGCUGCAGUCCAUUACACUACACUGCUGCUGCAGACUGUGAUGGCAAGUGUCUUGAGUAUCUGCUGAGGAAUGAUGCUCAUCCAGCUCUCAGGGAUAAAGACGGAUACAGCGCUGUUCAUUACGCCUCAGCGUACGGUCACCGAGUGUGUCUGGAGCUGAUCGCCAAUGAAACGCCGUUAGAUGUGCUGAUGGACAUGUCUGCAUCAAUCAUACACGACACAGACGUCCAGCCUCCCAUCAGCCCUUUACACUUAGCGGCGUAUCACGGUCACCAUCACGCCCUGGAGCUGCUGGUUGAGUCUCUGCUGGAUGUGGAUGUGAGGACGCCGCAGGGUCACACACCUCUCAGUCUGGCGGCGUUUAAGGGUCACGUGGAGUGUGUGGAGAUCCUGCUCGCUCAGGGAGCGUCUGUCAUGCUGAAGGACUACACACACAAGAGGAACGCCGUUCACUGCGCAGCCAUGAAUGGUCACUCGGAGUGUGUGCGUCUGCUCAUCAGCAACUCUGACCAGCAGAUCAACAUCAACACACGGGACGGGAGAGGACAGACUCCUCUGAUGUUGGCUGUUCUGGGUGGACACACAGAUUGUGUGUAUCUUCUUCUGAGUAAAGGAGCCAGUGUGGAGGCCAGAGAUAAAUGCGGCAGGACGGCCCUUCACCGUGGGGAUUAAUGAUAAUGAGUCUGCAGCAGAGAUGCUGAUAGAAACUUUAGGUCCAGCGAUAGUGAACGCCACAGACUCACAGUCCAGGACUGCGCUGCACGCCGCCGCUUACACUGAUCAUGUGGAGUGUCUGCAGCUCCUGCUGGGUCACAACGCUCAGGUCAACGCCAUCGACAUGCUGGGUAAAACACCGCUCAUGAUGGCGGCAGAGAACGGACAAACCAACGCCGUAGAGGUUUUGGUGAGCAGCGCUAAAGCAGAUUUCACAUUACAGGACGCACACAGAAACACAGCUCUGCAUCUGGCCUGCAGUAAGGGACAUGAAACCAGUGCCUUGUUAAUUCUGGAGAAGGUGACAGACAGAAACCUGAUCAACUGCACAAACACAGCUCUGCAGACACCGCUUCACGUCGCUGCUCGUAAUGGCCUGACGGUGGCGGUGCAGGAGCUGCUGGCCAAAGGAGCCAGUGUCCUCGCCGUCGAUGAAAACGGUUACACUCCAGCUUUGGCUUGCGCGCCGAACAAAGACGUGGCCGACUGUUUGGCGUUGAUCCUGAACAGCAUGAUGCCCAUCUCUCCCAGCAGCACCGGCACAUUCUCCAGCCUCACCUUCACCACCAUUAACCACUACUCCAGCCCAUCCAAAACCGUGACCUUUGACCCUUUACCCAUGCUGAGGUCACAGCACGUCUCCUUCCGCAAGUUCAACAGCCUGAACCGCGAUGACGGCCUCAUCCUCCCUGAUGAUGAACUCAAUGAUUCAGACUCAGAGACAUACUGACAGCACGCCCCCUGCCCCGCCUUGCCCCUCAGUGUCUUAAACUGAUGCCUGAUUGGCUGAACGGUGACUAUGCUAAUUAGGCUCCGCCUUCUGUGACUGUAAAACAAGUAGAGUUAUACCAGUCAAACUCAACGAUCCUGACUUGGACACAUAUUGACAGAAUGCUCCUGGCCCCGCCCCUCAGUGUCUUAAACUGAUGCCUCAUUGACUGAACGAUGAUUAUGCUAAUUUGACUUCUCCCUCUGUGAAAGGAAAAUUAGUCGUUUUACGAGUCAAACUCAGAUAAUGAUAACACACCUCCUGCUCCGCCCUUCAGUGUCUUGAACUGACACCUUAUUGGCUGAAAGGUGCUUAUGCAAAUUAGGCUCCACCCUCAGUGACUAGAAAACCAGUGUAGUUUGACCAGUCUAACUCAAUAGUUCAGACACAAACUUACUGAAAACAUGCCCCGCCCUUCAGUGUAUUACAGUUACCUCAUUGGCUGAAUGGUGAUUAUGCUAAUUAGGCUCCUGCCUUUAUGUCUGGAAAACAGGUGGAGUUUGACCAGUCUAAUUUAGAAACAUACUGAUUAUACGCCCCUUGGUGUCUUAAGUUGUCGCCUCAUUGGCUGAAUGAUGACUAUGCUAAUUAGGCUCCUCCCUCUUUGAGUUCAUUGAUCUUGCUGUUCAGAUUCAGACAGAAAUUUCCUGACAACAGGCCUCCAGCCCCACCCUACGGUGUUUUAGCCGGUCACCUCAUUGGCAGAAUGAUAAAUAUGCUAAUUAGACUCCACCCUCUUUGACAGCAAAACCAGUGCAGUUUGACCAGUCUAACUCAAUAGUUCAGACUCUGCAACAUACUGAUUAUACGCCCCUUGCAUCGUUCAUCAGUGUUUUAAGCUUUUUCCUAAUUGGCUAACGCUGACUAUGCUAAUUAGGCUCCUCCCUCUUUGAGUUUAACUGGUCAAACUGCAUUGAUAAUGCUGUUCUGAUUCAGACACAAAAACUUCCUGACAACGCACCCCAUGCCCCACCCCUAAUUUCUUAAGCUGUUGGCUCAUUGGCUGAAUGGAGAUUAUGCUAAUUAGAGUCCUCCCUCUAUAACAGGAAAACAGGUAGUUUGACCAAUUUUACUCAAUGAUUAAGACACAAAAACUUCCUGAGAACAUGCCCCUUCCCCGCCUCUUAGUUUCUUAAGCUGUCACCUCAUUGGCUGAAUGGUAAUUAAGCUAAUUAGGCUCUGCCCUCUAUAACAGGAAAACCAGUGCAGUUUGAACGGUUCAACUCAAUGAUUCAAACACUUCCUGAGAACACGCCCCCUUCCCCACCCCUUAGUUUCAUAAGCUGUCACCUCAUUGGUUGAAUGAUGAUUAUGCUAAUUAGGCUCUGCCCUCUAUAACAGGAAAACCAGAGCAGUUUAAAUAGUUUAACUCAAUUAUUCAAACACAAACACUUCCUGGGAACACGCCCCCUAGCCCGCCCCUUAGUUUCUUAAGCUGUCGCCUCAUUGGCUGAAUGGUGCAUAUGCUAAUUAGACCCCUCCCUCUGUAACAGGAAAAUAAGCUGUUUGACCAAUUUAACUCAAUGAUAACUUCCUGAAAACACGCCCAUUGUCCCGCCCCUCAGUGUCUGAAGCUGUCGCCUCAUUGGCUGAAUGGUGAUUAUGCCAAUUAGGCUCUGCCCUCUAUAACAGAAAAAAACAGUGCAGUUUGAACAGUUCAACUCAAUGAUUCAAACACUUCCAGAGAACACGUCCCCUUCCCCGCCCCUUAGUUUCUUAAGCUGUCGCCUCAUUGGCUGAAUGGUGCAUAUGCUAAUUAGACUCCUCCCUCUGUAACAGGAAAACAAGCAGUUGGACCAAUUUAACUCAAUGAUAACUUCCUAAAAACACGCCCGUCAUCCCGCCCCUCAGUGUCUUAAGCUGUCGCCUCAUUGGCUGAGCAGUAACUGUGCUAAUGAGGCUCCUCCCUCUCUAAUUUAAGUCUAAAGCCAUUUCACCCUUCAACAAUCACUUUGACACAUUAUUUAAACUGAUUUAGCUUUCCUUUAUCAGAAGAAAGCGGCUGAUAUUGACAGCUGAGGGACUGUAAUUCCCAGCAUUCAUGUGAACACGAGGAGGCCAUGGAUUCUUAUAACUGCAGAUGCUGGAAAACUAAAGACGUCAGGGACCAAGAGCUGCAGACUUUUUACUUUUAUCCCCGUUUGUGCAUGAAGAUUGAGUUUUGGUUUGCAUCGCCAUGGAUUAUUUAUUAUGACAAAGUAUAAUAAUGAAGAGCAACAGAUGCUUUCAGGGUUGGGAGUGAGUAUUUAUUCCUCUGCUGUUGUGAGGAGUUGUAGUGUUCUUCCUGUUGUGUGUUUGUGUGAGAGCGGUUUCGAAUGCCUGUGUGUGUGUGUGUGUGAUUAUUUUAUAGUUCAAAGACAAUGGAAAGAUCAGGUGUGUGACUUGAGCUUUUGGUACAUUGUUAAUAGUUAUUAAUAAUUAUGAAUAAUAAAUACAUUUUGAAACAAGA